GUUAAUUUGGGAUUUGCCCUCAGAAACAUUGAAACUGAGAUAGAUCUCCGUUUUGACCAAAAAAGAAAGAGUCACAGAGGCUCCACUUCCCAAAUUCUUGUUUUAGAUCUCCAGUUCUCCCUAACUUUUAAGGUUGUCUACACCUAAAAAAAAAAAAUGUCUGGGUCAUUGUUACUAACAGUUAAUCUGCUUGCACUUCUAAGCCUGGGAGUAAUUUUCAACGUGGCUCACUCACUGCGUUACGACCUUCAAUCGGGCACCACAAAAUGCAUAUCGGAGGAAAUAAAAAGCAACGCCAUGUCUGUGGGCAAGUACAGUGUUAUCAAUCCCAACGAAGGCUUUCCUCUUCCUGAUACACACAGAGUUACUGUCAGGGUGAAUUCACCUCACGGGAACAAUUAUCACUUUGGGGAUAAUGUAGAAGCGGGUAAUUUUGCGUUUACUGCAGCCGAGUCUGGUGAUUAUACAGCUUGCUUUUGGACACCUGAGCAUAAGGCCCCAGUGACGGUGACGAUUGAGUUUGAUUGGAGAACUGGUGUUGCUGCAAAAGACUGGUCAAAUGUUGCUAAGAAAGGGCAGGUUGAAACGAUGGAACUUGAGUUGAAGAAAUUGUAUGACACAGUCACAUCGAUUCAUGACGAGAUGUUUUAUCUUCGUGAGAGGGAGGAAGAAAUGCAACAGCUUAAUAGAUCAACUAACUCUAAGAUGGCUACCUUAAGUUUCCUCUCCCUUGUGGUUUGCUUGUCGGUGGCCAGCUUGCAGUUUUGGCAUUUGAAGACAUUCUUUGAGAGAAAGAAGCUCCUCUAAUUUUGUUUUGGCAUACAAAAAUUGCAAUUUUUGUUUUCUAACUUACACACUAAGCAGUUGUAUGAUCAUGUUAUGUACUUUAUUCUUUCUUUUGUUAAUGUUUUCUGGAGUAGAUGUUAUCCCCAA